AUGCCACGGCCUUUAGUUGGUCCAGUUGCGUUGCCUCGACCCCUUCCCAAUAAUGGAGGUGGUGCUGGUGCAUUUGAGAUCUUUGAGCUUGGUGGUGGUGGAGGUACAACUCCAGGAGGUUUUGGAGAAGGGCCAGAAGUUCUUGAAGAAGUAGCAGGUGGAGGCGGAGGCGGAGGCGGAGGCGGAGGUGGUCCUUUCGAAGAAGUACCAGAAGCAGCUGUAGGUGCUUUACUAGAAGAGGGAGGGGGAGGAGGAGGGGGUGGCCUAGCUAUUCCAGGAGCCGGAGGUGGCGGUGGUGGUGGAGCUGCACAAACAUUUUGCUGUUUUGCUGCCCCAGAAUUUGGCAGUGGCGGUGGGGGUGGGGGCGGGGGUGGAGCCUGUGAAGGAGACACGCUGCUAAUUCGAGGAGGUGGUGGUGGUGGUGGCGGCGGCGGUGGCGGUGGUGGUGUUGACAUGAUAUGUUUUCUUCCACUUGGCGGCGGCGGCGGCGGCGGUGGUGGUGGAGGCUGUGUAGGACCUACACUGCUAAUCCGAGGUGGUGGUGGCGGCGGUGGCGAUGGCGGUAGCUGUGAAGGACCUACACUGCUAACCCGAGGUGGCGGUGGCGGUGGCGGUGGUGGAGGUGACGGUGAUGAGAGAACAUGUUUACUCUCACUUGGUGAUGGCGGCAAAGAUGAACCAGGUUUCCUACCACUUUGUGGCAGUGGCGGUGGCGGCGGUGGAGGCGGCGGUGGAGCAGGUUGUGAUGAUGGAGACAUGUUACUUGGUAGCUCCUGCAGUGAUUCUAUUAGGGGUUCACUUGGCCCGGUUGCCAACACAGGCGAAGCAAGGGUAGAAGGUACCAUAUGA